GUAAAUGCAGAGAUCGCUGUUUUAGCUCGAUAAAGAUUGUACAGGAAGCUAGAUAUGUAGGUGUUAUAACCUAGAUUUUGAUAUGAUUUGCGCUUCCAUGGAUACUUUAAUGCACAAAUCAAAGUUAGGUUUGUUUCAAAUAUAAUUUUGUUUUACUGGGGAAUAUUUUAUGGGAAACGCAAAGAAAAUUUCAUAUGUGAUUUGGACCAGCGUGAUUGUGAUACUUUAGCUACGUGAUAUCGACGACAAAUUGUAGUACUACUAGUAGGCUUAAGUACAGAUAAGUUUACUACUAUACUGAUCCAGUAACACAGAUCUGAAUUUUUUUGUCUGUGUGUGUGCUGGCUUAAUAUUAGGAUGUGGUGAUAAUUAACUGUGAGCAUUUUAGAUAUAAACUGAAAAAUAAAAAAAUACUGAAAGAUAAUGAGUGGAAGGCUGAGAACUACAUCGUCAUCGUUUGCUGAAGCCAGUGAAGGUAACAAAUGCCAGCAGCAACAGCCAAGUUUUUCAGGAGUUAAAAUAAGCAGUAAAGAUGGAGGUAAGGUGACCACCGUUUUGGCAACCCCAGGCCAAGGACCUGAUAGACCACAAGAAGUAGCUUAUACAGACACCAAAGUCAUUGGAAAUGGAUCGUUUGGAGUUGUCUAUCAAGCUCGACUUGUAGAUACUGGGGAAAUGGUUGCAAUCAAGAAGGUUUUACAAGAUAAAAGAUUUAAGAAUCGAGAAUUGCAGAUAAUGAGAAGGUUGGACCACUGUAAUAUUGUAAAACUGAAAUACUUCUUCUACUCCAAUGGUGAGAGGAAGGAUGAACUUUACCUCAAUUUGGUGUUGGAAUUUAUUCCUGAGACAGUGUAUCGAGUAGCAAGACAUUAUAGCAAAUCCAGGCAGACUAUCCCCAUAUCUUUUAUCAAGCUAUAUAUGUAUCAGCUGUUUCGCAGCCUAGCCUACAUCCAUUCCUUAGGGAUUUGUCAUCGAGAUAUUAAACCACAAAACCUACUUCUUGAUCCAGAAUCAGGUGUUCUUAAAUUGUGUGAUUUUGGAAGUGCUAAGCACCUGAUUAGAGGUGAACCAAAUGUGUCGUACAUCUGCUCACGUUAUUACAGAGCACCAGAACUGAUAUUUGGUGCCACUGACUACACAACUAUGAUUGACAUCUGGUCAGCAGGCUGUGUGCUUGCUGAAUUACUUCUUGGUCAGCCUAUAUUUCCUGGUGACAGUGGGGUGGACCAGUUGGUAGAGAUCAUCAAGGUUCUUGGCACUCCCAGUAAGGAGCAGAUACGGGAAAUGAACCGGAACUACACAGAGUUUAAGUUCCCCCAGAUUAAGGCCCAUCCCUGGCAAAAGGUGUUUCGUGCCCGAACACCUCCUGAAGCCAUUGACCUAGUUGCAAAACUACUGGAAUACACUCCUUCUACACGUAUCACCCCUCUACAGGCAUGUGGUCACACCUUUUUUGAUGAACUUCGUGAACCAGGGACAAAGUUACCAAGUGGUCGAGAAUUACCAUCUCUCUUCAACUUUACAGAGAGUGAAUUGCGAAUCCAGCCAUCACUGAACUCCAUUCUUCUUCCCCCCCAUACGCGAAACAGUAUUGGAAAUCCUCAAAGCCCUGCUACAUCAGGCAACCCAGGAGGGAAUUCCGAGGAUUCUGGUAACAAUGGAAACCCUAAUCACGCAGGCUCAGGAACUGGAGAGAUUGUCGACACUGUUGCUGUAGCAGGAUCAAGCACUGAGGUUUCUUCAUCUACCCAAGACUCGGCUACAGCGUGACCUUAACCCUCUAGAAAUGCUUGACUAGACUAACUGGCAGCUAAGCAUAACAGGUGUACAGAGGGGUUAGUGUUAUGGAUUAAAAAAAAACAUUUUGAACUUGUAGUUGUAACAAGAUAAUAAUGGACUUCCCAGUGCAGCAGAUUACCUACACCUUAGACCAGUCCAGCCAUUUAUGGCUUGUAUUUUUUUCCUUGUUCAGAAUUCCCAUAAGGAUUAGAAAAUAAAGAUUGAUAUUGCAAAUAACAAUAUGAAAUGCCUGUACAUAUGCUAGAUUACUUUGCCAUUGUGUUGUAGAAGCCCUUCCAUUAGUUUAUAUCGCUGAAGUAAGGAGCAUCAUUUGUUUUCACCCCUUUUAAAACAGUGUAACGUAGAAAGCAUUAUUUUUCAUUUCUUUUUAAUAACCUGUCAGUUGAAAAUUCUUGCUGUGAACCCCUCCAUUACCAGAUUUUGAACUGUACAUGUAACUAGAAAUGUUGUUCUUCAAAGUAGGCAGAUAUUUGUAAUGAUUGAGAAAGACUUAGAGAAAAAUAUCAAGCUUAGGAAGCUAGGAUAGAGCACCUUAAAGGUUAUGUGUUGGGGGGAGAAACAUAAAGUCCAGAAUCAUUCAUUUUGUGUCUGUUUUAAUCCAUUGUGGUUGUUAUCAAAAAGUCCAAGGGGUGCCAAAUGAUAAUAACAUCAACACCAUGACAGUUUAGUAUUAUUUCUGGAAACACAACAUUGGUUUUCCAGUUUAAAGUCAGGGAUUGCCUCUAUGUCUGUUGUGUGAAUGUAUAUUGUUAGUAAUCUAUAGUUGGCACUUGUAGUUCUGUUAUCCCAACAAUGGAACGGGUGUAUCAGUAAAGAGUUUUAAACCCUUGUAUAUGUAUAUAUAUAUAUAUAUAUAAUUAUAAAUAUAUAUAUUAAAUUUGUAAGUGAUGCCUGUUACAAUGUUUGUUUUCCAGUUUGUUAGUGUACCAUAUUAGAAACUCUCCUUAGAGAAAGAAAUAUUUAAUGUGAAAAUAAAAAAUCCUCUUUUCUCAAUUCUUUAAAGAUACUCUAUUGUAAAAUUAGACCAACUAAAAUUGUGAACAGCAUGGCAUGAGAUUGUUGUAAAAAAAAAGGACAAGAAUGAAGUACAUCAUUACAGCCUAUCAUACAAAAAAAGUCUAAUUGUGUUUUAGUUUCUGCAAGCAUUUUCAAUUUUCCUUUUGUUUAUUGAUGUAAAUUUAAAUUACCAGCCUAUUAUUCUACAUUUAAAUUUUUGUGAUAAUAGGUAAUACCUAUUUUUCUAUUACUAGUGUAUUUGUGUCGCUUAGCUAUGCAGUGUGGAUUACUUUGCUGUUUAUAGAUAUUAAAGACAAUCUUAGCUACCACUCAGUUUCUAGGUACUAAGUAGCACCAACUACUGGUGCUAUGUCUUUAGUUCUCACAUUCACUAACACUUAUUGAUCUUACAUCUACUUAAGGUAGACAUUAAUAGUCAUUAAUGUUAUGUCUACAUAAGACAAGUAGUACUGGUUACUGAUGCUGUUUCCACAUAGACAGACAUUAAUAAUCACAAAUGUUAUGUCUACAUAAGACAGACAGUACUGGUGAGUAAUGUUAUGUCUAUUUAAGACAAGUAGUACUGGUUACUGAUGCUGUGUCCCCAUAAGACAGACAGUACUGGUUAAUAAUGUUAUGUCCAAAUAAGACAACUAGUACUGGUUACUCAUGCUGUGUCCACAUAAGAAAAACAGUAUUGGUUACUAAUGUUAUGUCCAAAUAAGACAGACAGUACUGGUUAAUAAUGUUAUGUCCACAUAAGACAGUCAUUAAUAAUCAGUAAUGUUAUAUCUACAUAAGACUGACAGUACUGGUUAUUAAGGCUAUGUCUAAAUAAAACAGAUAGUACUGGUUACUAAUGUUAUGUCUACAUAUGACAGAUGGUACUGGUUACUACAGCUGUGUCUACAUAAGACAGACAGUACUGGUUACUAAUGCUGUGUCCACACAAGACAGUCAUUAAUAAUCAGUAAUGUUAUGUCUACAUAAGACAGACAGUACUGGUUACUAAUGCUAUGACUACAUAAGACAAGUAGUACUGGUUACUGAUGCUGUGUCCACAUAAGACAGUCAUUAAUAAUCAGUAAUGUUAUGUCUACAUAAGACAGACAGUACUGGUUACUAAUGCUAUGUCUGCAUAAGACAAGUAGUACUGGUUACUAAUGUUAUAUCUACAUAAGACAGACAGUACUGGUUACUGAUGCUGUCCACAUAAGACAAACAGUACCAGUUACUAAUGCUGUGUCCACAUAAGACAGACAGUAUUGAUUACUAAUGCUGUGUCCACAUAAGACAGACAGUACUGGUUACUAAUGCUGUGUCCACAUAAGGCAGAUGGUACUGGUUACUACCGUUAUGUCCACAUAAGACAGACAGUAUUGAUUACUAAUGCUGUGUCCACAUAAGACAGAUAGUACUGGUUACUAAUGCUGUGUCCACAUAAGGCAGACAGUACUGGUUAGUAAUGCUGUGUCCACAUAAGACAGACAGUAUUGAUUACUAAUGCUGUAUCCA